ACGGUCGCACACUCGCACUCUCGCACCAGAAAAAAUAAAAUAAAACCUCUUUCGCGCCACAUAUGGGAACGCUAAUAGUUGCGUCGUUACUUUCCUUCACUACUCUUCUUCCUAUUCUAUAACUCCAUUUCUGCAAUUCUGCUACAAUUCACCCGAAAUAGCCCCAAAUCCAAAUUAGUAUCACUAUUAUUAAGUAUCAUUUCUCUCAAAAUCUUUGAAAUUAUUUCCAAGAACUUUUGAUUUGUUCCAGUAUAGCUCUCAAGUCUCAAAUAACUGUUCAAACUCUAAACCCUAAAUCGCAGUCUUCAAUGUUAGAACUCUUAUUCAUGGUUAAAAUUGGGUUUAAUCUGUAGAAUCUCCAUUGUCAAUUUCAUACACGAAGGUAUAUCAGUAUGCAAUUGGUAUGAUCUCUUUCUCCUUCAGUGUAAUUUUGAUUUGUUAUAUUCAUGCACACCAACUGUUUGAUAAUUGUUCUAAGAGAACUUAGAAACCUGUUUGUCAUUGUUUAUUAGUAAAAGAUCAUUCAAUCAUGAUCUGGGUUUUAUCCAAUGUUUAGACCAACUGUUCGAUAAUUGUUCUAAGAGAACUUUGAAACCUGUUGUCAUUGUUUAUUGGUAAAGAUCAUUCUAUCCUGCUCUGGUUUUUAUCCAAAGUUUAGACCAGCUGUUUGAUAAUUGUUCUAAGAGAACUUAGAAACCUGUUGUCGUUGUUUAUUAGUAAGUUUAGAUCAUUCAAUACUGAUCUGGGUUUUUAUCCAAUGUUUAGAAGGAUCUUUUUCAAAGUACAGGAUUUGUUUUCUAGUGUAACCCAUCAUCAAGCUCGGGUCUUUUCUCAAAAACCUGACCUUAAUCAAGUCUCUAGGUACUUCUGUCAGGCAAAAUUCAUAGACUCGAUACGUUUAAGUCUUAGGUCUGCUAAUCCUGAUUCUGUUCUUCCUUUGUUAGUGAAUCCACAUUUGGAUUCAUUUGUAGUCUCGAAUGUCCUUCGUUCUGCUCCUUCCCCUGAAUCUGCUCUGUCCUUUGUUGAAUCCCUUAAAAGGGUCCCUAGUUUUUCUCAUACCCAACAUACUCUUCAUGCAAUUGCUAAAACCCUAGCUAAAUCAGGCCGUACUCGUCAGCUGAAAAAGCUUGUUGAUACCAUUAAUGCUGGUGAAUUCCCAAAGGUUCGACCUGUUAGUUUUGUGGACCAAAUGCGAUUGUAUGCUACUGCUGGAGAUAUAGAGUUGGUACUCCGUGUUUGGGACGAACUUCGUGCACAACGUAAAGGCGCGUGUAUUGAAUCUUAUAACAUAGUCAUGGGCCUCUAUGUAGUGACAGGCAAAGACUUGGAAGCUGUCAAAACAUUUCGAAGCAUAAUGCAAAACGGAGCUAUUCCCAACUCACGGACAUGUACUACCGUGAUUGAGCAUCUUUUAAACUAUGGGGAAGUAGAAAAGGCAAAAGAAAUUUUUUACAUACUGCCACGAAUGAGGGUAAAGCGUACCCUAAGGCAGUAUUCACUUCUUAUGGAAGCAUUCUUGAAUGUUCAACAAUUUGAGGCUGUGAAGAGCCUUCUUAGAGAAAUGAAGACAGAAGGAGUACUACCUCCAAGAUCUAUGUUGUCAUCAUUGCAACGAAUGUGUGAGGCAGGAUUAUUGGAAGAGAGUGAUGAUUUUCUUGUAGAGAUGGUACCUGAUAGUAGAAUUAAGAACAUAGAGUUAUGUACAGCUCUCACCAAUGGUGAAAAUGAGGAAGAAGAUGUUGAUGGUUGCAGCUUCAGCACUGAAGCUGAUAUUGGUAGUGUUCAGUUGAAGCCGUGGUUGGACCCGAGUGCUUUGGCAAGUGCUUUGAGGGACUGGACAGACACUGACAUAUCUGCUUUAGAAGAUGCUAAACUUGUUUGGACAAGCCGCUUGGUUUGUAAGAUGGUUAGGCACUUAAAAUCACCUUUAACAUCAUGGAAAUUUUUCUGCUGGGUUGCUUAUCAACCUGGAUUCGUGCAUGAUGUUCACACUUAUUCAGGGAUGUUUACCAAAUUAGCAAGCCAUGGGAGGGUUGAUCUUGUUGAUGAUAUAUUGUUAAAAUUGAAGAAAGAAGGAUUUAAAUUGACAAUCAGCACAGUCAGACAAAUAGUGGAUUUCUAUGGUCUUUUCAAGGAAGGAGAUGCUGCUUUGAGGAUUUUCCAUGAUGUCAAAGUGCUAUGUGGUCACUUCUCAGAAUUUGAUAUGGUGCUGUUAUAUUCCUCUCUCUUAAAAACAUUGCUAAAGUGCGGUAGAGAUUCCGAUGCCAUAGAUACUGUCAAACAGAUGUUCUCUUUGGGAAUUCACCCUGAUGCUCAGACAAUUUCUGGUCUGAUGCAUCAUUUUGCAGUUCGGGGUGAUUUCAGAACGGUACAGAAACUAUUUGAGAUUGUUAAAAAGUGUGGUGUAAAACCAGAUGGUUACUUGUAUAAGACACUUGUUCGUGCUUACUGUAACUGCGGAAGGGCUACCCUCGCACUGAGACAUUUUGAAGACAUGAGCAACUCUGGUUUGGUUCCUGAUCGUGAGACAAAGUCGUUGCUUGUCAAAAGUCUUUGGAAGGAAGGAAGACUAAAAGAAGCUUCCAUUGUUGAAGAGACUUGUGAGGAACAAGAUGAAAACCUUCCACUUCCUUCAACUGGUCAGAUGUUCAAUAUCAGCUCUGCAGAUCUUAUGAAAUUACACAAUUUAUAUUGUGGCAGCUUUGAAGGCUCUAUUGGUUAAGUGUUAUUCAGUUAGAGACUUAGAGUCAUAUUGGCUCUUUUUUCAGCUGAUUUGAGAUGAAGCGCCAUGAUUUUGUGUGCAACUUCUCCCUGAUUUUGUGAAAGAAAGAGAAAUUGAGACAAGUACAAAAUUGUUAGCUGUAAUUGAUGUCAUCCUGCUGAUUAAGUAUUAGAGACAAGAAGCUCUGAAGAAAAAGGGCCUUCUCCCUUCUGUAUACAACAGCUAACAGAUGACAUGACAUAAUAUAUGACAGUAUCAGCUGUAAGUUACAAACUUUGCUACUUGCUAAACUUAUUCCUGAACACAUUCCUGAUCUAGAUCCUAUCUCAUCAGUGUAAAGAAAAGGUUUAUAAACAUCUGCAUAAUACCCUUCUCGUGGAUUACCAAUCCACAUUAAAAUUUUGAAUUACUACUAGGAAGCAAAAAUGCAAGGCUCCGUUUGGUUUGGUGUAAAACGUUUCCGGUGCAAAAUGAUUUUCCAAGGAAAAACACAAUUCCAAACGAGUUUUCCUUUGUUUGGUUCCUUAAAUGAAAAUUGGAGAAGAUGGUGAAGAUUAAGGGGAAGAAGGGAGAGGGAGGCAAGUAGGAAAGAAGAAAAGGUGGAAAAGUGGUUUCCCUUUCUUUGAGGGAGCUAUGGAAAAUUGUUUUCCAUUCCUUGUCAACCCAAACAACGUAAAAUGAUUGAAAAGGGGAAAAUUGUUUUCCAUGAAAACGUAUAUACCCCCUACCAAACGGAGCCAAGUGUAAAAAGGCGUUAGUACAAUUUAACUAUAGAAGGUGCUUACAACUACCCCAUUUCCUAGUGAAUGGUAAUUCUGUGAAAGAUUUUCGAGUCUGUCUUGCCCUAGAAUUCACAGCGUUGAUUCCCAGGUCAUUGACAUACUCAAAACUUUUGAGAGAGACCUUACAAUUUCCUCCAUUUCUGGCCUGCUUGAAGGAUCUCUUUGUAGGCAAAGGUCAAUUAGUCUAACUACAGAGAUAACACAUUCAGAAGGAUAAUUCCCUUUUAGAGAAGGAUCCAUCAAACCCCUUAACCGAUCUUUUCCCUUUGUUUCAUCAAAAACACCCACGAAAACCUCUGGUAAAUUCCCAUCUAGCUUUUCUAUUAGGUUAGCAGCCUUUUUCCCUGUGAGUACCUCUAGCAUUAGCACCCCAAAAGCAUAUACAUCUACUUUUGUAGAAAGCUGGUUUCUUUCUCUAUACUCAGGUGAAAGGUAAACUUGCUCAGAUGUAAUUUGACUUUUUUGCCCUUCUGCUGAUUUUGCUGGGCUGAAAUUGCUGAUCUUUGCCCUGAAUUCAAUGUCAAGAAGAAUGCUACUGCUCUUCACAUCUUUGUAGACAUAAGGAGGGUUGUUAUAGCUGUGGAUAUAGUUAAGCCCUCUUGCAACAUCUAACACAAUUUGCAUCCUUUGUGUCCAACUUAAGAACUUCUGAUUUGUAUUAUUGCUGAAAAUCCAGUCGUUUAGUGGCCCGUUUGAUGCAUACUCGUAAAUAAGAUACCAGCACCCUUCAUUGAAACAAACACCUAGAACACGAAUAAGGUUGAAAUGGUUGAUGUUUGAUAAAGAACUGAUUUCCUUUGACACAUCCCCUUUCAUCUUCUUAAUGGCAGUAAGAUCACCAUUCAUUUUACCCCGGUAAAGAGACCCGUUAAUUUGUGAACUAGGGUUGAAAUCAUCUGUUGCAUACUGUAAAUCCAUGAAAUUAUACACUUUCAUAGAUUGAGGUAUAUUGGCUAAGCUUUCUAGAGAUUCUCGGUGCUCAACCUCUGUUUUCUUCCAUAUAGGAUUCUCGUAUGCUUCGAAUGUCUCUGCUGGUAGAAUAUCUGCUUCUGUCUUUGUUUUUUUUGAAGACAUGCAGCAAAUACAUGUUAUCAUGACUAAGAUAACAGCUAUUCCAGCAACAACUCCAAUGAUGAUAUAAGCUGACAUCUUUUUUUUGAUGUUGUUAUGAUAGUGGUGGUAAGAACUCGGAAUUUAGCCCAGAAAUUUUGGAAAAAAUGCAGCGAUGAAGAAACAAAAUUGAUAAUAUAUAGUUAUGAUAAUGCUGGUAAGAACUCGAAAUUUUUGCCCUAGAAAUUUUGAAGAAAAUGCAGGGAUGAAGAAACAAAAUUGAUCAUAUAUAGUUAUGAUAAUAGUGGUAAGAACACGGAAUUUUAGACCUAGAAAAUUUGAAGAAAAUACAGGGAUGAAGAAACAAAAGUGAUCAUAUAUAAUUAUGAUGUUAUGAUAAUGGUGGUAAGAACUCGGAAUUUUAGCCCUAGAAAAUUUGAAGAAAAUGCAGGGAUGAAGAAACAAAGUUGAUCAUAUAGUUAUGAUGUUAUGGUGGUAAGAACUUGGGAAUUUAGCCCUAGAUAUUUUGAAGAAAAUGCAGGGGUGAAGAAACAAAGUUGAUCAAAUAGUUAUGAAAAUUGCAGAUUCAUUGAAGAAAACUUCCAAAAAGGAAGAAGAAGAAAGAAUUUGACAGGGUUUUCAUCAAGUCCAUCGUGCAAACUAUAUGUUUGGUUGACAAUUUCUAGGGUUUUUAAUCAUAUUAACAAAAAAAUUACAACCUGUAAGAGAAGUUUCAUGGUUGCCAAUAAACAUUUGAUUUGAUGUCGUA